AUGAUACGAAAGAUUAUCCAGAAAAGGUAUUACGAUUCUGUUAACUUCCAGAGAAAUUGGAGAGAAUGCGAAAACGGGUUCGGUAACGUCAAUGGAGAAUAUUGGCUUGGCAACAAACAUAUCCACCGUUUGACGUCCAGUGGUACAUACGAGCUUAGAAUAGAUCUCACUGAUAAAAACAACACAAAGAAGUAUGCUAAAUAUAAGACAUUUGUUGUUGGAGAUGCAACGUCUCAGUACAAGCUGACGAUUGGUGGUUAUAGCGGCGAUGCAGGAGACUCGUUGAAUUACAGCAACGGAAUGAAAUUCACUACUGUUGACAGGGAUAAUGAUUUAAACAGUUCCAACUGCGCAAAAAAAACUGGACCAUGGUGGUUUAAAGACUGCUCUUACAGUGCUUUAAACAGUCCAUCUAGAAAUAACUGGUAUUGGCAUAAUAUAAGUGGUCAUUACGUGAAGACGUCGGUGAUGAUGAUACGGAGGAUUUAG